CCUUCGGGCGUGCGUGUGCGUGUGCACAACAAUAAAGGAGAGUUUGUGCGGAUGCAGUGGUGGGGAGACAGUAUCGGCAGAUGAGAGAGAUAUAGAGCGAGCUAGUGAUACUGAAAUAAUUAUUAACAAACAUACAGUUAGAAGACGUGUUUGGGUCCAGACCAAAAGACUAGGUUGGCUGGUGGUAGUUGAACGCACCGGGGCUUUAACACUGGAAAAGUUCCCGUGUCUUGACGCGUGGGAGUGGGAGGACAGAUCGUGACCGACGGAGACGAGCCCCACUCUCACAAUGGCAGGAGGUGGGAGUGAAGACAUGCAGUGGUGUUUUUCUCAGGUCAAGGGAGCCAUCGACGAUGAUGUGGCUGAAGCGGACAUCAUCUCAACGGUGGAGUUCAACCAUUCAGGAGAGCUGUUGGCCACCGGGGACCGGGGGGGGCGCGUGGUCAUCUUCCAACAGGAAGUAGAGAACAAGAGUGUCCCCGAGUACCGCAGCGAGUACAAUGUUUACAGCACCUUCCAGAGCCACGAGCCCGAGUUCGACUACCUGAAGAGCCUGGAGAUCGAGGAGAAGAUCAACAAGAUCCGCUGGCUGCCCCAGAAGAACGCCUCGCAGUUCCUGUUGUCGACCAACGAUAAAACCAUCAAGCUAUGGAAGAUCAGCGAGCGCGACAAGAGGCCAGAGGGCUACAACCUGAAGGAGGAAGAUGGCCGCUACAUCAACCCCGGUAACGUGACAUCACUGAGGGUGCCGGUGUUCCGGCCCAUGGACCUGAUGGUUGAGGCCAGUCCCAGGAGGGUGUUCUCCAACGCCCAUACCUACCACAUCAACUCCAUCUCCGUCAACUCCGACCACGAGACCUACCUGUCUGCCGACGACCUCCGCGUCAACCUCUGGAACCUGGAGAUCAACGACCGCAGCUUCAACAUCGUGGACAUCAAGCCGGCCAACAUGGAGGACCUGACGGAGAUCAUCACGGCGGCUGAGUUCCACCCCCACCACUGCCACACGCUGGUGUACAGCAGCAGCAAGGGCAGCAUCCGCCUGUGUGACAUGAGGGCGUCGGCGCUCUGCGACCAGCACACCAAGCUGUUUGAGGAGCCAGAGGACCCUAGCAACCGCUCCUUCUUCUCCGAGAUCAUCUCCUCCAUCUCGGACGUCAAGUUCAGCCACAGCGGGCGCUACCUGAUGACCCGCGACUACCUGACGGUGAAGAUCUGGGAUCUGAACAUGGAGACCCGGCCCAUCGAGACCUACCAGGUUCAUGAGUACCUGAGGAACAAGAUGUGCUCCCUCUACGAGAACGACUGCCUCUUCGACAAGUUUGAAUGUUGCUGGAACGGAAACGACAGCGUUGUCAUGACGGGCUCGUACAACAACUUCUUCCGCAUGUUCGACCGCGCCCAGCGGCGUGACGCCACCCUGGAGGCGUCCCGCGAGCACAACCUGCCGCUGCAGCUGCUGAAGCCGCGCCGGGUCUGCACCGGCGGCGGCGGCGGUGGCGGCUGCAGCAAGCGCAAGAAGGACGAGAUCAGCGUGGACAGUUUGGACUUCAACAAGAAGAUCCUGCACACGGCCUGGCACCCCAACGACAACAUCAUCGCCGUGGCGACCAUCAACAACCUCUACAUCUUCCAGGACAAAGUGAGCGACCCGGACAGCGCCGACGACCUCUCCGCGUCCGACAUGAUGUGUACGAUCUGAGGCGCUCGGCCAUUUUGUUCCUCUUCCUCCCAUUUGUUUUGUUUUUAUCCCAUCUGUUCUUGAAAGCCCCCUUAUCGACCGCAACUCCCAUGCGUUUCCCUCACUGUUGAGACCAGUGGUUGCUGGGGUAAAGUCUCUCCCUUGGUUGCCUAGGGCGUGUCUGUGGCAACGAGACACUCGAACCCUCCGACUUUUCAAUGACGUGCCAUUCGUUUCGUUUCCCGUUUUGUUGCUCAAACUCCCGCUACCUGUUCUAGCCCCGCCCCCUUUCCUCCAGGCAUCAUGUGUUAUUGGGUGUCUGUCUGUCUAUCCGGUACCGGAUGCACUUUCUUUUUUUCUUGUCCUUAUUUCUAUGAAUAUAUUGUAAAAACAAGAAAAUUCUUAAAAACAUACGAAGAUUUGGUUA